AUGAAUCGAUCUGUAUUCGGCCCCCGAGUCGCGUCCGGCUCGCGCCCGAAGGCAAUUCACAUCCAGAAGCAGCCUCCAACCUCGACCUUGGUAUCAAUCACCCGUCGGACACUCCUGCUGACCAUCUUCAGUGCCGUCUUUCUGGGGGUCUACCGUUGGGCGGAUGCAAUCAAGUCGCGAUGGUAUAUAUUUGAUCCCACCGAGGUCCAUCAAAUCGCCCUAGAAGCCAUCGAUCGAUACCCCAAUUCGACUUCGAGCGUCGUCCACCACAUUAUCAAGACCUUCGAGUCCCAACCUAAACUCAAGGCGCACAUCACCGCCAACCCGUUCCCCGACCCCACCCAAAGCGCGUCACCCUACCCGUCAGAAUGGGUCUUCAACAAUGCCGGCGGCGCGAUGGGUGCGAUGUACAUCAUCCACGCCUCCAUUACCGAGUAUCUGAUCAUCUUUGGAACCCCGAUCGGAACCGAAGGUCAUAGUGGCCGCCAUACUGCCGACGAUUACUUUCAUAUCCUCUCUGGCCAACAGACUGCUUUCGCAGCAGGUAGCUUGCAAGCUGAAGUUUACAAGAAGGGCUCGGUUCACCACCUCAAAAGAGGUGAAGUGAAACAGUACAAGAUGCCCGAUGAUGGGUGCUGGGCUCUGGAACUAGCUCAGGCAAAAACAAAUACAAUGUAUGACAGGUUGGAUUCCCCCAAUGUUACCGUUUGGAUUGGCCGAUUCGGUCUUGUCUACCUUUGA